CCAAGCCAGACACCAGAGGUCAGCUACUUUGCUGAUUUUCUCCUAUAUAGGAACUCUAGUCCUUUUUACUAAUAGUUUUUAGCGUCCUCUGCGUUGAUUUACUGUCAAUCAACGCAGACGACGGUUUUUAGUGACGGUGACGAUCAAAAUAUUUUGAAUGCGACUGUAUCUAUGACCACUGAGUUUUGUUAAAACACCUUUAAUUAUCUUUGUUCCUGACAUUUUAUAGAGUUUUUUAUCCAUUGUCAAUUUUUGGCAAUAUUUUUUUACUUUGUAGAAAUUUUCACAUAAAAAAUCAGUCAAGAUGAUGGAAGGAUUGAAUCAGUUGGGGCAGGAGGAAUUUAUCUGGGCAAUGAGAACAAGUGGUCGUCGAGACUCUGAUUUAGAAGUCCGUAAAGACGGUCGUUCAUACCAAUCAGGCUUACUUGGAAAAAAAUCAAAGAAUGUAGUGGACUCUAUCGACGAUCGCCAAACAAAAGUUAUGGCGUCUCUUGUCCCCGACGAAGUAAUUUACAAUGUUGACGAUUAUAGACAUCGGAAGUACGAUGCUUGUUUCCUCUUUGGUGAUGUUUCCGGCUUUACUGAACUGUGUGAAAAGUACACUAAAACUGGUGUUGCUGGUCCAUCUAGGAUGACUCAAGUGUUGAACAAAUACUUGGGUUCCAUGGUCCAGGAGGUCAUGUCGCACAAUGGCGACGUUUUGAAAUUUUCCGGAGACGCUUUUCUUGCUAUUUUUAAGACAUCGGACACUGAAACUAUGCGAGACGCCGUCCAUGAGGCCUUGGACUGUGCUCUAGUCAUUCAAAAAAAUUACGGUUCAUACAUGACUGACGUCGGUGUUGCCAUCCGUGUGAAAUUAGCUAUUUCUGCCGGUUUGGUGACAUUUGCUUUGAUUGGUGAUUCAACCAACUCCCAUUAUGUGGUUGUUGGUCAACCCAUAUGGGACGUUAAGGCUGCCGAAAGCAUUAGCAGUGCUGGUGAUAUUGUCGUCGCACCAGCAGCCUGGUAUUAUGUCAAUCCCAAUGAAUAUCUUUCCGAAGAGAUGCGUGACAACAUCCAUAUGAGAAUUGUAGGAGUUGGUCCAAAUUGGCGAAGUGUUCAGAAAAAUGUCCGCCAACAACCCGAUGAUGAUCGGGCUGACGAUAUAAUAAGUCAAGAUGAAGAUUCUACAGAUACCGACGUUUUGAGUGAAAUAACACAAGAAGGGGCACUGGACGAAUUCUCUUUGCGACCAGCAGUGAAUCUAGCUGUCAGACUUCAAAUCAAAGAAGCCUUAAGGCGCUUUAUUAUCGCUCCAGUGAUGAAGAGUAUUGAUAUGGACGAACCUUUCGAAUAUCUUACUGAAAUGCGUCAAGCCGUUAUAGUUUUCAUCAACGUCAUUUCUUACAAACUUGAAACUGAACAGACCGUUAUUUUGGCUGAUCGAACAUACAAAACUGUUUGCAGCGUAGUCGAUAAGAUGAAAGGCUGUGUGAAUAAAGUCUCGCUUUUCGAUAAAGAUUUAAUGUUUGUUGUCAUAUUUGGCCUACGUGGUCUCAAACACGAGCUGGAAUGCCAAGUUGCUUUGAGAUGCGCUAGACAAUGUCAUGACGCAAUCGAUAAACUUCCUGGUGUUUUGUCAACUUCAAUUGGUGUUACUACAGGUAAAACUUACUGUGGAGUCUUCGGCCACUCUCUUCGUCGAGAAUAUACAGUUAUCAGUCUUAUUGUGAAUAAAGCAGCUCGCUUGAUGGUUGCUUACCAAGGAAAAGUUACCUGUGAUAGAGAAACGUUUCUUCAUAGUAAACUAGAAUCGAACCAUUUCAUUUUGCAACCACAUAAGCACUUGAAAGGAAUAUCUCAUCCUGGACCGGUUUACGAGUUUAGGGAAGUGGAAAUAGAUCAUGAUAAUGUUAAUAAAGUCGAUGCAUGUCCCUUGUUGGGACGAGAACGCAAAAUUAAGUUAUUUAAACAAUUGUUGGAUAAUUGUGUGAAUGCGACCGAUAUUAAAGAACAACAAUACAAAAUGUUACUGAUCUCGGGUGAUGCCCGGCAAGGUAAAACGCGACUUUUAGAUGAGCUUGUUUAUAUAACACCAUCAAAUAUACCAGUUAGUAAAGUAGUACUGACAGAGUCAGACCAGCAUAUACCGUAUCAAUGUGUGAAGCUAAUAUUUGGCCCUCCACUGUCUAUAACUAAAAGUAAAACGAUACAGCAGAAAGAGCAGAUACUACUGGAUAAGCUGAAGAAGAUACAAGUCCCUGAAUUAAUCUGUGUUUUGAAUAGUGUUUUCGAUGUUAAUUUUAAAGUUUCAGAUCUUUAUAUGUCACUAAAUGAACAAGCGAGAAAAGUAGCAUUACAAAAGAUGAUUAAACAAUUGUGUUAUUUCUGUUUUACGACUGUAUGGUUGGUUGCGAUAGACAAUCUUGAUUUUAUGGAUGUUGAGUCUUCCGAUAUCUUUGACCUCUUUUUUGAUAUUAGAUUCAUAUUCAUGGUGGCAACUAUGGGGCGUGAGAGGUCAGUAAAAGAAGCAGUAUCUCAAAAAAUUGUUGAAGAUCCCAGAGUGAAACACGUUCAACUUCUUCCUGUACAAAGAUGGAAUCUAGGAGCGCUUGCUUGUCAAAUUUUGGGUGUUUACGCAAUAUCACCAGAACUAGAAAACGCGAUACAGAUCAGGAGUAACGGUAAUCCUGGUUGGGUUGAAAGUUUUUUAAUUAGUUUGAUACAAGAUGAAGGACUGUAUAUUUUGAAAGCCACUCUUAGAGAAAUUAACGAUCUCGGAUUAGUUUGUCCCCCUUUGUAUAUGAUGGCAAGAUUAACUAAAGAUCAAACACGGAAAUGGCAACAUAUUAUGGAAGAAAGGCGACCGUCUGUAGAUUCACUGAGUGCAGAGGAAGACAGUUGGAAAAGAUACAUCGACAGCUGUCGGGACAGUCAUCUCAAUGUUACUGUAAGGGAAGAAAUGGAAGCGAUUUCAAGGGGAGGUAAAGUCCCCAUUUGUAUAAUUUCCCCAACCUUUCAUGUUGCGGACGAAGAAAUGGAGCUUUCUAUGGAUGCGAUGAUCCUAAAAACUUUCGAUUCGCUUAAUUUUUUCGAACAGCUGUUAGUCAAGUGUAGUGCAACUUUGGGCAAUCAGUUUCUUAGGGAUAUGCUUUUGUAUGUAAUGUCGGCGACAGAUAAACGAAAAGCAGCUCAAGCCGUUCAAAAACUUUUUGAAAUUAGAGUCCUUUCAUGCGCUAAAGGCGAUUUUGUGGAAGGCGGAACAAAGGUUUUCAAAGAAAAAUUGUUGAAUCCCGAUGACGAUAUGCGUUUGAAAUGUGACUGUAGAGGUGUAAAAAUUGAUGACGAGUGCACAGAUCUUCCCAAAUACGCGUCGUGUGGUUAUUUACAAUUCCGGUCAUCGCUGUUUCGUGAUAUAACUUAUAACUUGUUAACUGAUAACCAAAAGAAAGAAUUUCAUCAACGUGCUAUCAGGUUUCUAGAGCGAGAAACUCGAAAGUGUACAUCUUGUGGCGGUGGUUUUUUCCAUAAAAUUUUGGGCGCCUAUCACGACAAGGACUUUAUCAGAGCCAGAGAUAAACAAAAGAAAAAUUUUUCGGGUAUAACUUCGUGGGAAGAUGGUAGUCGUCGAGCAUCAACUCACAGCAUGUCUCAACGUUCUGGAAGCUUACACAGUCAAAGUUACCAAAGUUUUCAUAGCCGAAGAUCCCGAUCACGGUUUGAUUCGAUAGCGGGGUCGAUGGGGUCUAUGCCUAGCCAAAUUCUUGGGGAAGUGAGGGAGGAGAAAUCCCAGGAUGCGCUUUUUGGGUUUUCCAUAAUCAAAAAACUGAAAAACAGUUUUUCUUUGACGAAAGCCUUCUCAUCGGAGGAUUUUACAGAUUGUCAGUGUAAUCUGAUUUUGAGCACUACUUAUGCCCAGUUGAUUGAGCACUGCAAGGGGGCGGGAGAUUUGGGUAAGGUGAUAGAGGCGAUGCUGGAAUAUGCACAAGUUUGCAUAAUUGCUUCAAAUCUUCCUCUUGCUAUGUCUAUUUUGGACGAAUCCUUGGACGUAUUGAGAGAGAAAGCAAAAGAACGAUCUGUGAACAUGUGGAAGUUGUCACUAGUCCGUGCUAAAAUCUACAGUCUGAUUGGUUAUUCUCGAUUAGAACUUGGACACUUGGACGAAGCCUUGUUGAGUUUCCAUUUAUCCUUAAACGAAUACGGGAUAACGUUUCCAAAAGGGCUAAACAAGCAUUUGAAGCUGUAUGCUCACAAAGUCAAACAGCUUUUUGGUUUUUAUUUUUUUCCUAAAUCUCUGACGAAAAAUUUGGAUCACUGGGAAACUAUCUUUGCUAAUAAUCUUUCGGAGUGUUUGUCGCAUCUCUGCACUCUAUUUAUGAUUAAAGAGCAGUGGAAGAAUGCCGAAAUGGCUGCAGCUUGGAGUUUGACCAAAUCCUUAGAAUCUUUCAGCGAUUUCCGCGUGAUUUGUACGGCUUGUGCAAAUAUGAUAUACGUUGCUCAAUAUUUUCAUAAAUGGAACUUAUGUGUUGCUUUAGAAGUACACGCUUUGAGAUUUUGCCAUUUGAAAAGAGCUUCAAUCGAAGCUGAAGAUAUCAAGUGCGUGUGCAAACUGUAUUGUGUGAUCUUCACUUCAAGAGUUUUUUUGGCAAAUUUGGAAAAAGCCAUCCAUUUGGGUUACAUCGUCCUGAGAUUGUGUUCUUCAGUUCGCGCCGUCAGAGUGAUUCUUCCCUUGCUUCCAACUUUGAUUCAGUGCCUUAUUAUGGGAAAACACUUUGUUAAUGCGUUUUCUGUUCUUCAAGAGCUUAAUUAUUUUGCCGAGGACGAUACAGAUAACUCAGGAAAAAUAUGGUAUUACGCCAUUUGUAUUGGUUUACAACUUGAAACGGGGUACACAUUGGUUCCAUACCACGUAUGUGAACAUUUCUAUCAACUUGAAGGUGAAAACUGGGUGACUGUUAGAGACUCGGAUGCGAGAAGACGAUUCUUUACCGUAAUGUGGUUGUGGUGCAUUAGAAAUGAAAAGUGGGAAGCUGCAUCUAUUUGGUGUCUCAAAAUUCCUGAUUUUAUGGUGUUCUCUGAAAGAGAUUCACUGGCGAAUAAAAUAACGGCAUUGUAUUUGUUGGAAGGGUUGUUGCUGUAUUUUGUGAAUAAAUUAGAUAGACGCAAUAUUAAAGCGAUUGUCAGCACGGAAAAUGAGAUAAAGGCGUUGUUGAGAAUUGUUGAGAAGUUUGCCAAAACGGUGAAGAUUCUCAUACCGAGGUUCUGUCAUCUGAAAGCUUAUUUCAAGUAUAUCAAGAAGAAUGAUUCUAAUGUCGUUGAUAUGUUAACCAAAGCGAGUAAUUACGCUCUCAAAUAUACAAAUUCUUUAGAAGAAGGAUGGAUUGAACAUUCCGUAAAGACUGAAUUCAUUUCCAAAAUUAAGUGGUAUUUUCACUUUUCGUUCGCUCCCAUUACAUCGAGAAAUUUGACGACUACGAAGAAGGUAACAAGUGCUGGGUGUGUCAUAUCUUUGAAACGGAAGAUGGGGAAAGUCAUACCAGUCUGCGACAUACUUGUUCAAUCUCUCUCCACAGCUAAAAGUAUUUAUUGAAAGAGUUGGAAAGCACAAAAAGAUUAUAAUAAUUGCAAAACAAUAGAUGAAUAAAGAUUUUAUUUGGUGGUUUGCAUAUUCGGAUGAUGUUUUGUAGUAGAAGAAGAAAAGAAGAAAGUAAACACGAGGUGAUGGCCCA